GGAGAAGUAAGAGACUACAGCCCAAAGCACCUGUGGCCACUCUCCAGUUGAGCUACUGCACCACUCAGGACUGUAAACGCUGGGCUACGGCUGUUUCUGUGCAUGUACUCUACUGUAAACUCUGCUCUUGGAUAUUAUUGCAUACUUGUCAUCGCUUUUCCAAAGACAAUAAUUAUGGCUCUAUCAAUGAACUCCAUCCUUUCUCUCACAGUGGUCUCAGUCUGUGUUCUCCUCGGGGACGGUUUUGGACUCCCUGUGUCAGGCCAGCUUGAGCUCCACGGCCAGUCCACACCCCAGUCCGGCUCUCACCACACCAGAGUUAAACGAUGCUCCUGCAGUAACUGGAUGGAUAAAGAAUGCAUCUACUUCUGUCACCUGGACAUCAUUUGGGUCAACACCCCAAAUAAGAUCAUGCCCUACGGUCUGGGAAGCCCCCUGUCCCGACGCCGGCGCUCUCUGAGCCGUUGUGAAUGUGCUCACCCUGCUGACAGGACCUGCUCGGGAUUCUGCCACCACAGCUCAGAGAACCCCACCAUUAUGCUGGUAGGCCCCUCAGACCAAACCCGAGACAGGACUGUUAGUAGUCUUGAUACAAAGGGCAAAGACUUGCUGACACUUCUCAGAAACAAUGUCAUAUCCAACAUGGCUGUAGUAGAGCAGGCUCCGCACAUCAGGGGAAAGAAAGUCCCUCGAGCCAACAAAGUCAACCUCCGGUAGAUGAGAAGGGAGGAAGAGGAGCUGAGAGAGGAGCUUGAAGAGCUCCAGAGCAUUCGAGCAAAGUCCUCCUGGGGGAGACUAGGACAACCUCUUGGGACCUUCUGGUUUCAAUGCGUGGACGAGGUUCCAAGACAGAGGAUAGGUCCUGAGAAGAAGGGACAUAAAUAAUAUGCUGUCCAUUGACUUCUCAUUGAUAGCUGGGUACCACACAGUGGACAAAGAGUGGACAAAGAGGCUUAAAAGGCUAAGGAGAAUCAACCUGGAUUUGAUUAUUAGCUUUGCGCAGGUUCAUCUGAUUUCCUGAAAAUAAACACAUUUGGAUGAAUGCAAGCCAAUGCACUCUGGAUUAAAGCUAGUCUGACUGUACAUUCAAAGGGUUAUGCUGAUGGAGAUUCUACCCCUUUGUGGAAAAUGAAUUACAUCCGGUGCAAUGCAAGGACAGCUUAACAUGUAAUCUGUACAGGGCUUCACUUCACCUGUGCCUUGGAAAUAAUGAAGAAAUACCGAACACUGUUUUUCCUCUGUAUCAGAGCUUUAUUGCGAUAUUAUAACGAUUGCCUUAAAUACAUUUACAAUGACUUGAAACUCUUUUAGCACAUAAAGGAUAACUUUUUUAAAGGGCAGGGAAUUACUACACAGUCUUCCUGUAGCAGCUGAUUAAAGUCAUCUCUAUUGUGAUGGGGGAAGUAUUUAUUGCAUAGCUACUGUUGAAUGUUUUGAUUGUAGACAGAGCCAAUGCAGCAGGUUUCAAUAGGCCUGCUCUUUGCCAAAUAUGCAGGGAUUGUUUUUCUGUUUUCAACAGAUGUCCAUUAAUGUUCAUGUUAUUACUCAUUAGGAGAUGAUGACACUCCCCUUCUGGUCUAAUACUUAAUACCCCAGCCACUGUGACUGUAAAUCAUUUACAGUUAACUCAUGAUUGAAAAAAGUCUUAUGCUGUAUAUUUAGGAUAUUACUAUUUAUUUAUUUGUGUUGUGUGUUGUUUAGGAAUUUGGAAGAAGCGAAGAAAUAUGGACGCUUUUAUUUUAUGCAAUUCUUCAAUCUCUAGAAGGAGAAUUCAACCUCAAUAGUGUAUUUAGCAGUCAAGGACACUAAGAAGAUGACAUUUUUUUUGUACCUAUGAAUUGUUCAAUUUUGUUCAAAGCUACUUGUUGCACCUACUGUAAAUUUAAGGCUUUCCAAUUAUUUAUUUA